AUGAACGAUAAGGAUAACAAUGCUGAUGGGAAAGACCCGGAUUUUGGAGCAAUCUUUAUCUCAAAUAGUGAGACUAGAAGAGAAUGCUUCAAGAAGGGACUAUUUGGCCUCCCAUCAACUGAAAUCCAGUUUGUAGAGCAGGUUAAAGCUGGAAUGGUUUUAUUCUUGUAUGAAUAUGAUAAGAGACAACUUCAUGGUGUGUUCAAGGCUUCCUGUGAUGGAGGUAUCAAUAUUGUGCCUAAUGCUUUUGCGAAAGUGGGGAAGCAAUUUCCUGCUCAGGUUAAGUUUGAGCCAAUUUGGUUCUGUAAGCCACUGCCAGAAAAGUUAUUUCGUGAUGCAAUCAGAGAAAAUUACUUUUCAGCUAACAAAUUUAACUUUGGGCUAUCUGAAAAUCAGAGAAAGCUAGAACCAGAGGCUCCUGGGAGACCGUUGUCCCGAACUGAAUUCUCAAAAUCAGAACGGUACCCUUCAGGCAAUGUUGGAAGAUCUGUUGAUCAUGGAAUGCAAAUUGAAAGAAUUCAAAGUGGGCAAGGUUUGGGUAGCAACAUAUCACCCGUCAUGAGGCAUAAACACCAAGGCGAUUCUUUGCAUGACAGGGGUGAAGUUGAAUACACUGGAUUAAAUGCAAAUGAUAUAAAACAAAGAAGCGCUGCUCAGUUUGCUGAGGUGGAUAAUAAAAGUGAGUUUGUUUGUGACUAUUCCGGAUUAAAAGAUGAAAGUAGGUUUAUUGCAUAUGAGAGUGAGGAUUAUACGGAUAUCUGUCUCAGACCAAACAUCAUUGGUGGAUACUCGAAAGGUCUAUCUGAUAAAAUUAGAAUUCAUGGUGAGGGAAGCAUACCAACUAGUGAUAGGCUCAUGAGUAAAUCUCUUCCUCAAGCUGAUCAGAGGAUGGUUUUUCCAAAUGAUGUUCCUUGCCUACAUAAUUCCCAUAUCACUGCAUCUGGUUUUUACAGCGAGCCUAUUUUGGAGCAUAAUUCUUUGGUACAAAAUCAGCUUGGGGCAACUUCAACUAUGAUUCACCCAAUGCAGGCACAGCUCUUAGAAAAUACAUGUGCAACACAAGGAAGUGCGAAUUCUAAGUGUUCAUCCCUUCUGUAUGAUCCAGAUGUUCCUAGUUUAAAUUUUAGCCAGGCAUCAUCUUUUGGAGUUAAUGAGGGUUUUAAGCCAAUAAUGGAAAUGACUACUCCUUUAAGCAACUUUGUAAGGAAUUCCUUGAGCAGUCAACAUUAUCUCACCCAUAAUGAACCGAAAGACAUGAGCUGGUGGCACACUGUUGACUUUCAAAAUUCUGCUUUGUAUAGUAGCAACAGGGAUUGCAUGCCUCUCAACACGGUUCAAAAUUCUGACCAGUUGGCAGCAGAAUCGGUUGUUUAUGAGGCUUGCGAUGACAUUCCUUCCUUGAAGUCCUUAUCAUCCCCUAUCCCUCCAGAUAUUAGAAAGAUAAGCCGCAGUGUAAAUGAACCCUUUUCUUCCUUGUUCCAUAAUCAUCAACCAUGGUUAGGCAACAAUUUUCAUUCCACAACAUUGCAAGAAAACCCAAAUCAUGAGAUAACACUACAGAAAAGCAACAAAACAUUUACUCCUAAUAUUUCAUGGGCAAAUGAGGGUCAUUUCAAAGAUGGUGAUUCACUAGUCCAUGAAUAUGAUAUUGAAUGUUAUGGUGGUGCUCAAAAUAAUAUCUCUGGUUAUCCAAAGCAAAAAAGUAGUGUUUUUUCUCGAUUAUCUUUUAUGCAGGAUAUCAGAAAACAAGAAGAUGGAUACAAUGAUUUCCAUACUUCAGUUGAUGAAGUGAUGGAAAGGGUUCGGCAGAGUCACAACAAGUGGAUGACAAAAAGAAAGACCAAGCCCAAACGCAAGAAACUUGAGAUUAUGAAGGAUAAAAUUCAAGUAAGUAGUUUGAGUAUGAAGGAGAGUGAUUUCUUUGAAAAUACCUUGAAUGAUGAAAUAAUGGAUUUGACUACUGAAACUGGAAACAAUACUAACAAAACAGCUGAAGACACAUGUUUUGUGGAUUUCAAGCGUCGUAGUAAAGUCAGCCGUAGUGCUGAACAUGAGAAUUCGGUUCUUGGGCAGCAAAAGAGAAGAAAGUUGAUCCGCCCAAAUUUCAGCAAGAGUUUAACUUCUGAUGAUAAGGGCAUUGACGUUGGUGCUUCUCAAAACUUACAAAUUGGACGUUAUAAUGUUGAAGAUGUUAAGGACAGCUGCAGUGCUUUGGUUCAAAUUGAGGUUAACAUUAAGGCACAUGCUGAAGUAAGAAACGUUAUUAGGGAAGCACAGUCUGAAAACAAGAAUAUCAGUAGUCAUGCCUGGGGAUACUCCUACAGUGAAGGAGGAGAAAGAGCAUCCGAUAUACCUCUUGCUGCAUUUAAUGAUAAAUCAAAAUGUCUGGAUAGUACUAAAGCAGAUACUGAUGUACAAAACAUUUUUGGUAGAACACAUUAUGAAGAUAAGAAAACUAGUCAUGCCAGGGGAUGUGUCUGCGGAGAUGGAGGAGAAAAAGUAACCGAGGGUGCUCUUACUGUAUUUAAUGAUCCAUCAAAUUGUCUGGAUAACGUAAACCAGAUUAUUUUUCCUUCAGCUUCUUGCAAAGACAAAUGUUGUCAUAUCAAGAAAGGUUUACGUACGAAGGAUAGCAUAAAAUCAGUAUCUCUGAACUCAGGUUCAUCGCGUUCACUUUGUCAAGAGCAUCACGAGCAUGAUAAGAUCAUUGGUGCAGGCGUAGGUAGUACUAAUACUGACAAAGAAAUGCGACAAGAGUCCGGCUCCUCCAGUACUAUUGAUUUUAAAGAUGGAUCCGAAAAGGCUGUAAUUGAAACUUCUCCUCCUACGAAGGAAUGUUUACAUGGGAUGGAUAGUUUAAAACCGGUAUCUGUUGGUACAGACUCUUUGCGUUCAGCAUGUCAAGAGCACGAUACAGGUAAGAUCAUAUGCACUGGCAGUGGAAGUAAUUCUAAAGAACACAUGUCAAAAGACGGAGGCUGCUUCGUUGCUGGAGUUAAAGCUGAAUUUGACUGUUUAAAGAACUCCAACAAUGAAAAUGCUUCAAUUGUACCUUCCUUUUUCAAGGAAAGCUUAUCUAUGACCGAGAGUCAAAAGUCAGUAUGCUCUGAUUCCGAUUCACUGCCAUCUAUUUGUCGAGAAUGUCAUCUUGACAAGGUUAGACAUGCUGGCAGGGCUAUUAAGGCUGAAGAUUGCAGAUUCUCCGUUACUACUGAAGUUAAAGAUGGGUCGGAUGGUUCACAGACCUCUGGCUAUACUUGCGAGCAAAAGAUGAUUUGA